GCAGAGCGCACUCCGAGGCGGCUUCUCCAGAGCACGGGCUGGAACUGGCAGGCACCGCGAGCCCCUAGCACCCAACAAGCUGAGUGUGCAGGACGUGUCCCCACCACACCCACCCCACGGCCGCUGAAUGAGGCUUCCAGGCAUCUGCUCGCGGCCCGCAGAGCCCCGCCGUGGGUCCGCCCGCUGAGGCGCCCCCAGCCAGUGCGCUCACCUGCCAGACUGCGCGCUAUGGGGCAACCCGGGAACGGCAGCGCCUUCUUGCUGGCACCCAAUGGAAGCCAUGCGCCGGAUCACGACGUCACGCAGGAAAGGGACGAGGCGUGGGUGGUGGGCAUGGGCAUCGUCAUGUCUCUCAUCGUCCUGGCCAUCGUGUUUGGCAAUGUGCUGGUCAUCACAGCCAUUGCCAAGUUCGAGCGUCUGCAGACGGUCACCAACUACUUCAUCACUUCACUGGCCUGUGCUGACUUGGUCAUGGGCCUGGCAGUGGUGCCCUUUGGGGCCGCCCACAUUCUUAUGAAAAUGUGGACUUUUGGCAACUUCUGGUGCGAGUUUUGGACUUCCAUUGAUGUGCUGUGCGUCACGGCCAGCAUUGAGACCCUGUGCGUGAUUGCAGUGGAUCGCUACUUUGCCAUUACUUCACCCUUCAAGUACCAGAGCCUGCUGACCAAGAAUAAGGCCCGGGUGAUCAUUCUGAUGGUGUGGAUCGUGUCAGGCCUUACCUCCUUCUUGCCCAUUCAGAUGCACUGGUACCGGGCCACCCACCAGGAAGCCAUCAACUGCUAUGCCAAUGAGACCUGCUGUGACUUCUUCACGAACCAAGCCUAUGCCAUUGCCUCUUCCAUCGUGUCCUUCUACGUUCCCCUGGUGAUCAUGGUCUUCGUCUACUCCAGGGUCUUUCAGGAGGCCAAAAGGCAGCUCAAGAAGAUUGACAAAUCUGAGGGCCGCUUCCAUGCCCAGAACCUUAGCCAGGUGGAGCAGGAUGGGCGGACGGGGCAUGGACUCCGCAGAUCUUCCAAGUUCUGCUUGAAGGAGCACAAAGCCCUCAAGACGUUAGGCAUCAUCAUGGGCACUUUCACCCUCUGCUGGCUGCCCUUCUUCAUCGUUAACAUUGUGCAUGUGAUCCAGGAUAACCUCAUCCGUAAGGAAGUUUACAUCCUCCUAAAUUGGAUAGGCUAUGUCAAUUCUGGUUUCAAUCCCCUUAUCUACUGCCGGAGCCCAGAUUUCAGGAUUGCCUUCCAGGAGCUUCUGUGCCUGCGCAGGUCUUCUUUGAAGGCCUUUGGGAAUGGCUACUCCAGCAACAGCAACGGCAACACAGGGGAGCAGAGUGGAUAUCACCUGGAACAGGAGAAAGAGAAUAAACUGCUGUGUGAAGACCUCCCAGGCACGGAAGACUUUGUGGGCCAUCAAGGUUGUCUUUUUGGCAUUUAUGCAAAUGAAGUCCCAGAGAAGAUGAUUCUGGAAGGUGUCACUGCCUGGAUUAACCUCUGUGGUGGAGGCUGGUGGGAGCUGGUGAGUUAUGGGGUUUGCAGAGUUUUCCUGUGA